AUGGCGGACAAGAUCUGUAUAGACGCAGACUAUUUCACGCUAGAGCAAGACCAUGCAGCGGAUGAUUGGCAGUCGGAUACAAUGUCUCUCGCAUCUCAGAUCACCAGAGGGCGAAUAGAAAAUGGCCGUCGGAGUCCCUCGGAUGAACAGCAGUUCGAGGCCUACGAGACUGGCACAUUCUCGAUGUCGGAACUGGUAAAGGAUGCUGGGCGAUGUAAUGCAACUCACUUCGGACUCAUAGACCAAAUUGCUGAUCUGAUAUCCAGUGAUGCUGCGGACAUGUAUCCGUCUGCCAUAGUACGCGGCGUGGAUUUGUUUCCACCCCCGGUCUCAUGGACGCCCCCGAACUGUGUCUUUGAAGUCGACAACCUUCUUCAAGAGUGGACGUGGUCUGAGCCUUUCGAUCUCGUCUUCUUGCGCCACAUGCUCGGUUCCUUCGACAGCGAAGGCUGGUCUCAGCUUUACAAGCGCUGUUACGAUAAUCUGAUACCCGGGGGUUGGAUUGAACAAUUAGAAUUCGACAUAAAUAUCAUGACCGACGAUAAUUCAAUGCCUGCGGAUUCUCCACUCGCCAGCUGGGGCGACAACUUUAUCGACUGUGCCGAGCGCGCCGGACGCUCACUCACAGUGCAAAAAACCAUGCGCACGUCGAUCGAGAAUGCUGGAUUCGUGGAUGUCCACGAGCAACUUUAUAAGGUACCCAUUGGCCCAUGGGCGAAGGAUAAGGUGCUAAAGGAAGCGGGCCAGCUAAACUAUCACCACUGGGUAACUGGUCUGGAGGGCUAUACCAUGUGGUUGCUCACGAAGUUUGGUGCGCCGACGCCCUGGAGCGUUGACGAGGUACAGGUUUAUUUAGCAAAGGUCCGGGCCGACCUGAAGAAGCCCAGUAUUCAUGGCUGGGAACUCGGACGACGAAUUUGGGCCCGAAAGCCUUUCGCGGGCGAAGAGAAAGAGGAGCUGGUUAGACCAGAACUCUCACCUUGA